GCUGCCAGCACGGCACCACAAAGCUGUAUCUUCGGUCAACUGCUUAACAUGACAGCGUUAAUUGUUUUUGCUGGUGUCUUUGUUAGAUUUCGUCAGUUAGCCAGCCUUGUUCCUCCAUACUAUAUCAAGAUCAAGAGUAUGAAUAUUUGGGGACUCGUCUUUGGAUGGAUCUCGGGAUUUGGAAUGACCCUCGUCGCAAACUUUCAGGAUUCAAAUGUACUCAUCGUCCAUCUGAUUGGAGCAUUUCUCUUGUUCGUGAUGGGAACAGCCUAUUGCGUCACGCAUACCAUCAUCUCAUACAAACUCUACCCACAAUACAACACGAUGUUGCUCUGCCGAUUGCGACUGGUCAUCACCACGACAACGGCGGUAUCGAUGAUAAUCAGUAUCAUAACAGGUGUAAUAGCUGAGAUGCUUUGGUAUCAUACACACGGUGAUCAUACGAGAAAUAGAUCACAGGUGCAUUGGGGACCAGAAGAUGGGGGGUACGUUCCUCAUCUAAUAAGUGCCUUUGCGGAAUGGGUGAUGAGCAUAGCCCUCAUGGUCUUUUAUCUCACCUACACCAAGGAGUUCUUCAAUCUACAACUCCACAUCAUGGUCUCGCAGUGUGACUUACCCGAUGCUCUAUGGAUCACCUGUCGUGAGGUCCUCUCUCCCCCUAUCCGUACCCCGUCCCACCGCCCUACAAGGAUCCGUGAUGGCGGAGAUGAAGAGAUCUUGGAUGCCGAGAUGGCGGAGGAGGGCGUGAUCCCGCGUCCGUGUUGCCAUAGGAACAGCCAAGAGUCGACUCAGUCGACGAUUCCGCUUCAUUCUGAGCACUCGCCUCUCUGUACUAAAAGUUCGGAGAAAGGGCACUUCUUGGUUUGAUGACUAAGAGGAGUUUGGGGAUAUAUACUACGUUAAGAUCAUGGUGAUUACAAGGUGGUCGGCAUGCUGGCGUCGUGAUAGAGAGCACGAUCUGUGAACGAGAGUUCAUGGGUUCGAUCUGCGACCGAGUCAUACCAAAGACUUCUUUACAAAAUAAAGAAGAAUCGAACCAUUUACCUUUAUAUGGAACAGUCAGCAUAAACGAUGGAAAAUGAUAACACUUUAAUUAUGUUAUACAUGUACAUAACUAAUUAGCAGACCAAUAAUGCAACGUAAAACAGACAAAAAAAUGUCUGUCUAUAUUUAUAGAUGAUGCUGUAUUUUUGUAGUUAUCGCGAUGAAACACAUUGAUAUUCACAAACAUUGCAAAAAGGCCUUAAUACAUGAACAUGUUAAACGGGUAAGUAAUUUUCAAUCAGCAAAUGGUAUGAAUGAAAUUAAUGUAUAGUUAACAUGAGCGAUCAUGUACAAGAUCCAUAUUCCAUAAUGUAACAACCCUGCAAACGCAUGCAAGGAGGAUUUUUUUAAUGACCUUGUAGCAAAAUCUCUUGAAACAGGGUAAUAGCAACCAUUUCUGAUCCAUUAUGUAAAAGCGUGAAAGAAACAUAUCUGUUCAAAAUUAAUAAAAUCAUAUGAAGAGUGUUCUCAAAAUAUUAAAAAUUCAAAGAAUUUUCUCGAAACCCCUUGUAGGCUAACAAGUAGGAGGACACGUGCGCAUUCAGAGGGAUAACAGUGGAUUACAUUAUGCAGUAGGAAGGGAUUUUAUGAUUCUGUUUUAAUCCGAUAGGGCAGAUGUGUGAAGCUACUUCACAUUUUUAAUCCUUAAUGCUUCAUCUAGUGGGACUUGGCCUUCGAGAAAUAUACAUCAAUUUACUUUAAUAUUUAAUUGUAUUGAACUAACAGCUGAUUAAUACACUGUAAAAACGCUGUUUAAAUUUUAAGCACGUUGUUUAAGCCCGUCACUCUAACAACUUUUGUUUAAUUUUUUUAAACAACUGCUUAAACUUUUUAAACAACUUGUUUAAAAAGUUUAAACAACGUGUUGUUAAAGUGACAGGCUUAAACAGCGUGCUAUUUUUUUACUGUGUAUAGCAAGGGGGCAGCGCCAGUACUUUUUUAUCGGGGAGGGGGGAGGCCUUAAGGUAACGUAAUUUUUGUUCUCAAAAUGAAUAAUAUGGCAUUAUGGACUUGGUUUAUUCCCAACUGGUCUAAUGCCGAUUCUUCCAAUUAUCAACUCGUCUACUUUCAUUUGGUCUACCAUCAGUUCUUCAACAAUCCACAUGGUCUUAUUUCCAUUUCGUCCACUCACCAUUUCGUCUAAUAACCAGUUGGUCCAAUAGCCAUUUAGUAUACCAUUUGGUCUAAUUAAACUUAGUGUUAAUUGGGCGAAAUGAAUGAAAAGAAAAUAGGUAUUAGACCAACUGGUUAUGAGACGAAAUGGUCAUAGACGAACGGUGAUUAGACGAAGUGAUAAUUGGACCAAAUGGUUGUUAGACGUAAAGUUGAUGGACGGAAUGGCAUUAGACGAAUUGAAGGUAGACCAUGUGAUGAGUGGACGAGUUGGCAAUAGACAAAUCGGCAGUUUACCAUGGAGGUACAUGACCAAGACCUUUCCUUUUGGUUUUCUUCUCUCCUCUUUCCCCUUUUCUAUUAUUUCAUUUUCACUACAAAAAACCUCGCCCCCUGUGCCCUCAAUGGCAUCGCCCUUGCCAGAUAUAAGUUGCAAUUAUUAUAAAUUGAUGAUUCCAUUAAAGAAGGUCUUGUGUUUUUUUCGAGGGGAAGGGGGGUCUUCAAAUAUCAUUUUAAUGAUUUGAAGAUCUGCUUAGAUUAGUUUUGGAGUUCAGUUCGUCGAUGAGUUCAAGAAUGUGUCAAGAAUGUAAGAAUAAUGUCAGAAAAAAAUUAACACUUUUCCACGUCUUUGCCUGUAUAAGGUUUCUCAGUGUAUUAUUUGAAAAAUGAUACAUCAUGUGCAUUUAUCAUGAUUUGCAGACUCAUGUUUCAAUUGCAUCAAUCAUAUAACCGAUUUGCAAAACUUGUAAAUAUGUAUAUAAUGUGCAUCACCGCGAGAGCUUUCCUAUUCGAAUCAUGAAUUCAUCUUUUCAUUAUUUUCAAAGUUUUCUAUAUAAUUUGCUUGUUUGUGAAUCAUUACUAUUGACUAUGCAUUAUGUAAAUAUCGAAUACAGUAUUAUAUAUUAUAUUGUGCCUUUCUUUCAGAAAUGCCUACCUAAUUUUAAACCAUGUGAUAUGCCUUUUUAUAUGUAUUUACGAAUUCACUGUGAUAUUAUGCAAUGUUUUAUUAAUGACAUAUAUUUUCUAAUAUUGGGUACAUAGAUGUAUUUGUAUUAAAAAAAUAUGUAUAUUUGUAUUGAAAUCGAUUCCGGCAUUUUCAGAAAUAGGAAGAAAAUCUAUUCAGAUUCAUUAUUGUAAUCAGCCAUGCUAAAAGUAUAUUAUUGAAUGACGAUUAAAUCAACAAGUAAAAAUAAAUUUAUCAAUAGAUCAAUCAAUGAAUGUAUAUUGAAAUAAUAUAUUACCAGGGAUAACCAAAAAAAAAAAAUGAUGGAAUAGAUGAAUAAAUAAAUAGAUGAAUAAAUGAAUAAAUAAACAGGUUGAUAAAGUGGGUCAAUAAUAAAUAACAUAAUAAAUGAGUAGAAGAAUGAAUAAAUAAAUAAAUGGAGUAAUAUAAAAAAUAAUCAUCUUGUAGACCAGCAUAAGUUUAGAAUCUAAUUUGAGUGAUGCACAUGCAGCUAUAUUCUACAAAUCUAAAAUAAUAAUAAUAAUCUAGAAUUUAAAAUGUUUGUUUUCCCUAAUCAAGUCCUUGCGUAAAUAAUGAUCUCACAAUCAACGAUCGUGGAUUUUAUUUUUCGAUCAGGAAUAUUUAAACAGAAAUGCUUUCCUUUAGAACAAAAGUUGUUCUUGGCCACCAAAACGCUUGUUAGAGGUUUCCAACUAUAGCAACAAGUAGUUUUUACAUUGGUUUCCGACUGACAUCAUUCAUGAUGAUGACUGUCUCUUAUUUUUGCAAGAAUACUACAUAAUGAUGAUGUCUAGGAGUUUUUAAGAAAGAUGUGUCCUUCAUUAAGUACAAUUUUGUUCUUCUGUUUGAUUGAUCGUUAAAGAGAUUUUGUCAUUGAAAAAAUGUCGAAUAUACAAAAUGAGAAUCUAAUGUGACAAUGCAAGCAAUUCAAAUUAAAAAGGAUUCGAACAAAUAAA